GACUAUGAUGUUUAGCCUUUUUACCUUGAUAGCAUUGCGCCUUUUCACCUCGAUAAAAUGGCUACAUCAACAAUAGUUCUACAUGCCGAUGUAGAAAAUAAGCGUUUAGAUGAACUUGAGAGAAAUCGAAACUAAAAUAACACAGUGAAACAAACAAAGUUGCACUUUCCUGCUUCAUUGAUUGGUGUGCAGAAGUAGGGAUUCAUUGAGUUGGGGAAUACAACAAAAAGUUUGGCAUGGAAUAUACAGAACGACACCGAAUUCACAACGAGCAACAAUGUGUUUGAAGACGUAAUUAAAAAGUUGAGGAAAGAGGGGCGCGACAACUGCCCACCACGCAGCCAUAACUGAAUUUUCAACACGACAUGCAGCUCAUCAAACAAUCCAAGGCUCUGGACACUGAAACACCUGAGGGUUUGGUGAACAAACAUGAAGCGUAUAACCUGGGCCACCAGUGUGUAGUGGAGGUGUUGGUUAGGAGAGGGGUGCUGUUGAACACACCAGGCAAUGAGAACGACUCUCAUAUACUUGACGCUGUCAACACGGAGCUUCACAGAGCGUUUUGAAUAUGUUUGGUCUUCGUCCUGUGGACUAUGCUGUGAACUCAGGCAAUCCUUCAGUCAGCCUCUGAAGGAUCCCAACUCCCCUCUCAGUCCUCCACCCAACCUCAGUAAGUCUAUUGUGUUUCAGGCCAGUGAUGGGGUGAGACGGAAGGAACAGUUGGUAGUAUUGGGCAGUAAACUGUCCCAACAUAACCAGCUGGCCAAACUGGGAAUCCCCCUGGGAGGAAAGAGGGCUGAUGCCUUCUCUUGCUCAGUCACCCAUGUGGUGGUACCAGACGGGCCGAUGCCCACCACCCUGUUCUCUCUCCUGGGUCUCCUGAACGGUUGCUGGGUCCUCAACUUCAGCUGUAAAUAACCUAAGGCCCAAUAAAAUCUGCUUUGCAGAGAAUGAGGAUGGAAUCACGGAAUCCAGACAUUAAAACGGACUUCAACAAUAUUCCAAAAUGUAUUGAACUGAACAAAAUACAUGUAAAGUGUUGGUCCCAUUUUUUUAUGAGCUGAAAUAAAAGAUCCCAGAAAUGUUC